AAACUCUCGUUCAGGCGAUUUAUCUUCACCUUAUGAAACGUCUUCAUCCUUCUGUUAAUAAAACCUAUCAAGAUAUUUGGCAUCGAGUGACCGCAUCGUUUUCUCCACAUAUGCUAGAGUCAUUUCUUACCUCUUUAUUGCUUCAUGCACAAAAUUGUGAUCUUUCAAACGUUCCCACUCCAGUUUCCAUUGAGAAUCGAUCUCGACAUUUGAUUCGUAAAAUUGCCAAAAUAUUAAUGUUAUUAAUUGGAAAUAGAAAUAACGAAUCUGUAUUGUUUUUAAUUAAAUAUAAAUAUUUUGUGGGUAAAAAAUCAUUUUCUGUAAUCAUUUUAAGAGUUUUAUGCUGCUUUUUAUGUUGGAGAGGGCUUCAAAAAGAGAAAAGUGAUGAUAAGAGCUUAAACCCGCUAAUAUAUAAUGAUCUUAUUAAUGUACUUAAAAAUCUCAUAUCGUCUUGGUCUGACCCAACAUUCGUUAAACAUGGGUCCAUUAGUGAUCAAAAAUACAUAACAAGUGUAAUUCUUAUAUUAUUCGGUUACAUUCCCAAAGAGACUCUAAUUGAUGCAGGAAUCACCAGAGAUAUUGUUUCUGGUGUGUCUCGGUGGUUACAAAAUUCAUUCGAAGAGUCGCGAAAAUUAGGAAUGAUUACUGCAGAAAUGCUUUCAAGAUUAACUGAUGAAACUGGAAACGUAUUAGACUUUGAAUUAAAUGCUGAAGAUGAGGAAGUAAGAUAUUUAAGGCAAUUAGUAGAAGUUAAGGACGGGCUUUUGGAUUUGCCAGAGAUUGAAAAUGAGGUUGUUGCUGAAGAUCAAGAAGAAAUAGUAUCGAAAUCUGAUCAAAUUGUAGAUUCCUCUGAGAAACAUUUUAAUACUGAAAUUCCUAUCGACAGCAUAUCUACAACUGAAAAUGUCGAUUCUCAACCUGCGGACUCUGAUGAUGAUGACGAAUUCGAACCGUAUCCGAUGGAAGAAGAAAGCGAAAAUGAUGAUGACGAUAAAUGUGAACCACAAAUAAAAAAGAAGAAAAUUCUAUCCCCGGUAUACAUAAUUGAUUUACUAUCGUAUCUAAAAUCUUCCGAUGAUCCCGAUAAGAUGGAAAUAGCGAUAAAUACUGCCGCAAAACUAAUUAGAAAUAAAACAGGAUUUGGGAUGGAAUUGG